AUGGAAGCCCUGCAACAUGCUCGUAUGGGCCGUAUGGGCGCAAAGCUCGAGACUAUGGGCAUUGUGGAGCUCGAAGAUCUUAUUCUGAAAGUCGAGGGGCAUCUGAGGGUGCUGAAGGCGCAAUUGGUAGACAGUCAAGAAGUCCGAGUCAACGUCACGCAGAUGUCUGGUCGUACGAUCCCACUUCGUGCGCGAGCCAAUUCCACAAUCCAUGCCUUGACGCUGUCAGUCAGGCAAGCCUUGGGACGUGGACUUGCGCCCAACACGGCCAUCACCUUAACUUGUCGAGGGAAAAGCCUGGAAGGGCGAAAGACUCUGAAGGACUCCGGUAUCCUGGAUGGAGAAGUGCUGGCUCUGGUGCUGCACCAUUUUGACGAGAGCGGCAUAAUUGCAGUGACUGAAAUGAUGCGGAAUGGCCUUUCCGAGCUGGAGUUGCGGUCUGGGAGGUUGAGCUCCAGCCUCGGUGACUUGGGGCUUCUGGGUAUUAUCCACAGCAGUGGAAAAGCGCAAGCUGCGGCAGUGCAACUUGUAGAUCGUGCCCGCUCAGCUGCACUUGCGAGAGGUCUGGAGGAGACGUUGACCGAGCUGAUGUCCAGCAUCGGAGGCUUGGAAGCACGACAACACAUGAUGGAGCAGCGUGCAGAGUAUUGCUUGGCUGAAUUUGCAGCUCUUCUUCGCGCUUUGCAUGUCAAGAAGCUUGGGCAGCCAGUUCAAUGGUAUGAGAAGCUCGAUUGA